AUGGCUGUGUUUCAGAAUCUCUCAGGGAGCCUGUUAAAGAUCCAGAUCUCCAGAGGCCACAUGAGACCUACUGAUUCAGAAUAUGGCUUCUGGGAGCACUGGAAUCAAGAAGCCAUCCAGGAAAGAAACCUUAAAUGUAAUGAAUGUGGGAAGUCUUUCCAUUUCCAGUCAGAGCUGAGGCGCCAUCAGAGAUGUCACACCGGAGAAAAGCCCUAUGAAUGCAGUGAAUGUGGAAGAGCCUUUGGUCAUAUUUCAUCCCUUAUUAAACAUCAGAGAACUCAUACUGGAGAAAAGCCCUAUGAAUGCAGUGAAUGUGGGAGAGCCUUCAGCCAGAGUUCAUCUCUUGUUUUACAUUACAGAUUUCAUACUGGGGAGAAACCCUACAAAUGUAAUGAAUGUGGAAGAGCCUUUGGUCAUACUUCAUCUCUUAUUAAACAUCAGAGAACUCACACUGGAGAAAAGCCCUAUGAAUGCAGGGAAUGCGGGAGAACCUUCAGCCAGAGUUCAUCUCUCAUCGUACAUUACAGAUUUCAUACUGGAGAGAAACCUUACAAAUGUAAUAAAUGUGGGCGAGCCUUCAGCCAGAGUUCAUCUCUCACUCAACAUUACAGAUUUCAUACUGGAGAGAAACCUUACAAAUGUAAUGAAUGUGGGAGAGCCUUUGCUCAUACUGCAUCCCUUAUUAAACAUCAGAAAAGUCAUGCUGGAAAAAAAGCUAUAUGAAUUCAGUCAGUGUAGGAAGGCUUUCAGCUGGAGCCCACAGAGUUUUCACAUGACACACCCUGGAGAGAGAUCCUGUAUGUGUAAUGUAUGUGGGAAGACUUGGUUGGAAGACCUGUCUUAUUCAACAUCAGACCGUACAUGCUAAAGAAAGGCUCUUUCGAUGUCAAGAGAGAAGGUGGGCUUUCUGUCACACCUCGCCCUUUAUCAAACACCAGAGGAUCCAUAUUAGUGAGAAACCAAGUAGAUGUGAUCGAUUUGGAGAGGCUUUUGUCAGAGGACACAUAUUAUUCAACAGCAGACAGUUUCUACUGGCAAGAAGCCUUAUCAAUGCACUGUCACAUACUAUUCAGUCACAUACUAUUCAGAAACUAAGUAAGUAAGUAAGUAAGUAAAUAAAUAAAUAUCAGAUAACUCAA